GGCGGUCUUCUCGUCGUUACGAGGUCGCGCGGGCGCCACAAGAGGUAACAACACAAGCCAGCGCUGGUUCCUGGACCGCUCUACACAACUACAAACCAUGAGCUCCUCGGAGGAACCGCCAGCGCCUCCCUCAGAGACCCGUCCUGCAGAACCGCCACAGCCGCGCGCCUCGACCGGUGGCUUCUCGGAGCACGGCGACGCCGACACGCCGCCGCCCGCCGGCCGCAGCCGCGGCGACGCCGACGCCGACGUCCCGCCGCCGCCCGCCGACCGUUCCCCGAUCCGCCCGGAGACCGCGGCGCUUGCCGCCGCCGCCGCGACGGAAGCCGAUCAGGCCUGCGACUCGACGGCGGCGUUCCUCGCGGACACUGUACCACGCACGCCGGCGCAGCCCAAAACGAAACAAUCAAAAGCCCUGGCGGCGAUCGCGUCCGAGCUCGUCUGCUCGAUCUGCUGCUCGGUCGCCGCGCGGGCCGUCGUCGCGAACCCCUGCGGCCACGUGUUUUGUGGCGGUUGUCUGGAAAGGUGGCUGCGGCGGAAGCGCAACUGCCCGAACUGCCAACAACGGCUCGACGCGACGGCGUUCGUGGCCGUCCCCGCCUUAGAUCACGUCGUUUCUGCAUUGGUCGACGCGUCGCCGAAUCUGCGGAGGAGAGACUCCAUAGAUAGGCGGCGGAACCGGAGCCCCGUGCCGCCGACGCCGCCGCCGCCUCCAUCGAAUGGCUUCGUGACGGCCGCGGAGCUCCUGCGGCGGAGCAACGGCGCGGUGCCGCCGCCGCCGACGCCGGCCGAUACUACUAUCCUCGGCGCCGUGCGCGCGCUGGACCCGCGCUCCGACAUCGAGCGCGCCGUCGAGGGCCUCGACGGGCUGGCCAUCGCGGGGGGGCGGUCGGAUUUGGAAAGGGCCGUGGACCGGCUGAACGACCUGCCACGGACGUCGCCCGCGCGGACGCCGCCCGUGCGCGCGCGCCGCGGUACCGGCCGCGUGUCGCUCGUCGAGCGCCAGCGCCAGCACACGGCGGAGCGCCUCGCGCGCCGGCCGCCGAGACCGGUCCCGGGCGCGCCCUAUCGCGCCUCGCCCCGGACGCCCUCCGCGGCGGCGACGCCUCCCGGGCCGCGGCGGUGGCGGAACCCGUGA